UUUUACGUUCGGGAUAAAUUUAUAGAAGGGUAAAAUAUUUUUCAGUUUUAUUCUACCAUUUUGUCGGCGUGAUCGAUAAACAUAGGUAUAUACACAGUAGACUCCAAGCAAAACCGGGGACGGACACGACGAAACUAUAAGAGUUUCUUGUCAGGAACUACGGAACCCUAAAAAAUCAUCAAAUCGGACUACCCUGUUAUAAAUUACAAUCAGUGAGUGAAGAAUCAAUUAUCCUCUGUUUCCUACCCUAAGGGUAGGAUUUUUUUUCCGAAUUUGGGACCAACUUCGUAUUAUAUCAUUUCCAAUAAAAAAAGAAUUAUCAAAAUCGGACUACUCUGUAAAAAAUAAGCGUGAUCAUACAUAAAACAUAUACGCGUCGAAUUGGUACCUCCUCCGUUUUUUCGCCGGUUGAUAAGAUCUCGUUCGCAUAGCUCGUUCGUUAACCAUAAAUAGGUAUCAAACUUGUGAAAUCCAUUGAGAUUAUAAACUUAAGCAUCCGUCAAGUAAACAGCAGCAGUAUGUGUCUAUCACGGGUGUCAACAUCAUUUCACGAUAUUGCACAAACUCCAAUAAUUAUUUAAUUUAAUGUAACAAAACGUAAUGAUAGACGAUGUCGUGUACUACACUUCGUUGCUGGUAUGCAUCAGUCUCAGUACCUGCUACAGGAGAAUCGAUGAUCCUGUGGCAAAACGGAACUACGGCGCAGGCCUCGGCAUACUGGUGGCCUGCUUGGUUUGCGGAUGCCACAUAUACCACUCUGUAUUCAUAGUGUGGGGUAAUGUUAUCAUAAUAAAAUGCUGCGACAGAAGAUACGUACAUCAAAUGAGCAUGUUGUACACAUGGACCUAUUUACUAUAUUUACAUUGCAAUGCACUUCCAUUAUACGUUAUGUGGAUGCACCAGACGAUGGCUCUACGUUUAGUAGGACUGGCCUUCGAAGUGAAUUCCUUAGUUAAAAACAAUAACUCGACUGUACCAUCAAGUACAGUAAGGUUCGCGGAUGAUGCUAAUGCACUCACAGCAGUGCCCAACGCGGUUGAUAUUAUUGCUUACUCUUAUUACUUCAUUGGAUUACACAAAGGGCCGUAUUACAGAUGGAUUAUAUACUACGAUCAUCUGUCAUCAUCGUUUGGAGAUCUAGAAGAUUGCAGGAUCAUCACCGUACAUAAACUAAUGAAAGCAGCUGUAUUCUUCUUGAUUAAUGGAAUGUUAAAAAUGAAAUUUCCGGUAAAGAUAUAUUUUGAAGACGAAUUCUACACAGAACAUGGUUCUGACUACCGUUACCUUUAUAACGUUCCGCAACUACUGAUGUUCUUCCUACAGUACCAAAUACUGAUGAUGCUGUGCACCAGCAUCUGCACAGAAGCUGGUUUCGGAGUAUACCCUGCUAAAUGCGAAGCCCUACCGGGUCUGGGGCCUUCCGCUACGCUCAGUGUUUUGAGAUUGACCCGAGGAGACCCAAGACUCGCAUUAGAGCAAGAAUACAACUUCGCAAUGCUAAAGUGUUUUGACAAUACCAAACUAAUAAAAGGUCCCAAGAUGAAGGACACUCUGAGGGGUUGGGAUAUGCCAACAAGAUAUUGGUUUUGGUCGAAUAUAUACAAGAACCUUCUAAAAGCUAGUAAAGAAGUAAGGAGUGCAAGUUCUUUCUUCGCUUGGACAGUCUGGUGCGGGCCCACAUUGCGUAGAAUCAUCGCCUCUGCAACUCUUUGGGUCUACAUUCAUCUCGAGGCUGAAUACAGCAAUGUUUAUAACACUACCGGUCAGUUGAAGACAGCUUGGGACAUCGGGUUUUCUAUAAUGCGCCUGUUUUGCCUGAUUUACCUCACGCCUUGCUUUACUAUCAGCGACACGAAGAUCGUUCUCAAGUAUUACAAUUCUAUGUUUUGGAUGUUCCACUUUCUGUUACUGAUAUUAAUUAUUGGCGUCAUAGUGGCUCAGAAGACGAAGCAGACCUCUAGAUCCGGAAUGUUUUUAUAAGUAUUAUUAUUUGGACAGUAAACUUUAAAGCAUAAUCAAAUAUGGCCUUAAAACAGAAAUGUGUACCUAUUUGUUUUUAGUAUUAUGUAAACGUUUACAAUGAUUUAGUAUUAACUUUGGAAUUUCAUUUAUAAAUAUUAAGGCACGUUGUUGAUAAAACGACUAUUGAAAUGUGGUGUAUUUUUAAAGGAUGUCCGUCAACCAAAUAUUAUUUUUUAUCAAAAAACCAUUUCGCGUUAUUUAAUAAUAUUCAUGGAGUCCAUAAAAAGUGUUUUUUUUAAUUCUGUUGUGUAAUUCAGUAAAAAAACUAAAUUAGAAAUGUCAACUGUCAUAAAAUCGUCAAACGAUUUGAACGUUACAAUGCAAUAUCAGUUUGGCCGGAAGUAUGUUAGCGUGUGACGUCAUUUUAGUCUUGGCCAAUCCCA